AAACUUUAUUCUGUCAAUUUGGGAUGCUAUUGGACUUACAUUAUGGCAACGAGGCUGAUGACUGCGCCUGCUUCUAAACUCAGCCUUCUCGCUUGGCGACCCUCGACUUCCUAUCUAAAGCGACUUUGGUCCCGCCAUCUAUCUAACACAACCUCCUUUGCGGUGCUUCUUGUGCCCUCUUCGAUGCGAUGGAGGUUGUCGGCCUUGUUGCGAGUAUCAUCACUCUCAUUGGCGCGGCCUCUCUGACUGGUUCCACUCUAACAAGGCUAUACGGACUCCGCGGAGCUCCUCUCUAUAUUCUUACGGCUUUGAAUGAGGUGAACGAUUUCAAGGCAACUCUGAGUUUCGUGCAUCGGGUUUUGGAUGAUUUAGGAGACGAGGUUCAAGGAGAUACGAAGGCUGAGAUAGAACGGUUGCUUCUCCGAGCGAAGGCACGGUUAGACGCUUUCAACAAGUUUUUGAAAGAAGAUGUGUUACGUGAAGGAGAGAACCUAGUCGACAACCGCGAUCCGAAGUUAAGAAGGCGAGCAAAAUGGAGAGAACUUAUUGGCGAAGGUCAAUCUCAAUUCGAUGCUCUACAACAAGAGCUUGUCUCUAUCAAAGUGAGCCUCGGGUUGACAUUAAGUGCUUCACAACUGCGGACGAUUCCAAAGCUUUUCACAAGCAUUCAGCAGAUCACUCUGGUACGACCAAACGAUACGGAGAUGACUUGCUUAAAAGGCAGUCCCAAUGCAGAUACAGCUAUGAUACUCGAGAAUAUCAUAUCAGCCAGCACGUCCGAAGCCCAAGGAAAUGUUCGGGAGAUUUCUUUCCCAGAGUCAUCGACGACUACAGGCAGCAACAACGAAACAAGAUUGACACUCACGGUACAGCAACCGACAACCUACGUCAAAAUCGAGACGAAGCUCGUGAGUCGACGCUGUCCACGGCGAUGUCCGUGCCAAUGCCAUAUCCCACUCCAAGGUAGCACACCAAAAUGGCUCAAGGGCCUGAUCGGUUCUGCUUUCGUCAACUUUACUGGUACACCCUUGCUCAACCACCGGUCUUGCAAUUUCAAGAAAUGUGGCAACCAAGACCCAGGAUCGGGAUCAGCACGCUUCCAGUACUUCUUUCCGUCUUGGUUACUUCCUUUGGGCAUCGAGCUUACGUCGUCCUGGCGCUCUCUCGGUGGCCUUGGCGGUACUUGGACCUUGAGGAUACCACGAAUCUGUUUUGAUAGUGUUAUCUAUAACAAACUAUUUUACCUAUUCGAAGAUAGAUUUACUGUGGAAGACCUUCAAAAAUUUAUGUCCUCAUAUGGUCUAAGGGCUUUUGAUUGCUUUGACUAUGAUGGCGGCUACGAAACAAUUUUUGCUAUGGCUGUGAUUCAUAAUCGCGCCGAUGUAUGCAACCUACUUCUUGACACUGGCACAGAGUUGAAUCAUCGGAGUCGAAUCGGAUUUACCCUCGCAGAAUACCUCUGGUUGAAACGCAUGAACAGUGAUAAGUUUGCAAUUGUACGAGCUCGUCCGGACCUCGAAGAUGUGCGUGACAAUUUGAACCUUAGCUCUGUCCACGACUCAGCAAUAGGCAACCAGAUAGAGGACCUCACGCAUCAAGUGAGGCUCGAUGCCUCGUCUGUUUUAUCGAGAGACUACUAUGGUUUCACGCCACUUCACUGGGCAGUGCGAUUCGCUCAUUUGGACAUCGUUGAUGCGCUGUUGAGUGCUGGGGCUGAUGUCAAUGCAGUAUGCAGACAAGGCAGAUCAGUCAUAAGCUGGGCAGUAGAGUCAGGUUCAGUUAUGUGUUGUCAGAAGCUUCUUGAUGCUGGCGCCCACGUUAACAUCCUGGAUAGAGAACAGCAAAAUGUUAUGUUACGAGCUUUGCUGAUGUUUCCUGUCAACGAGGAAAUAGUUCAUCUACUUGUGCGCGCUGGUACUGAUGUGAAUCAUCAAGAUCGAGAUGGAAGGACGAGUCUGAUGUUCGCAGCUCAGUUUGGAACCCAGAUUAGUUGCGAGAAGCUGUUACAAUAUGGAGCAGACAUGGAAAUCCAAAACGAAUAUGGCGUAACGGCUGUCCUCGGUGCUGUCCAAAAUAACAACCAUGACGUUCUCAAGCUCCUCUGUGAUCGCAAAGCCAUAUUGAAUCGAAAAGAUCGGGAUGGAGAUUCAAUGAUUCAUUAUGCAGCCUGGUUCGGAGAUCUGGAAACAAUGCGUAUACUGGAAGAAGCACAAAUCGAAGGCCUGCCGAUAGACGACGAAGCAGUUAAAGGAUAUUGGGGCUGCUUUAGUUGGCGCGACGAAACUGUUUUCGGAGAUCGAGCGCCCAUCGAGGAAGAAAAGGCUGCUUUCAAAGCCCUGCUCGAUAGCAUCAUACCUUCCAAUUCUGCGUCCGAAAAGAAGAACACGCCCCGUCUUCCUGGAGCUUUUCCUGCGGAAUCUGACGACGAGCAAUCUGAGGAUGAACAGAGUAUGCGAGACCGUAGUGAGGACGAGUGGCAUGACACGGAUGAUGAGAAUAUAGAAGAGAGUAAUGAGGAGACAGACAAUGAAGACAACAAGGAGGAAGACGUCACGGCAGAAGAUGAUGAAGAUGAAAACGACGACGAGACUGAAUAAUACGAUGAAAGUCACAGGCGAAGCACACACCAAGACCAAACUUGAGCGAAUCAGAAGGGGCAACUGGUUUGAGACUAUAAUCAAAUCCUCGAUAUCAGGUGUUUCCAGCGACGUUAUCGUCCAACCUAUAUUGUAAUUACAAGUGGACAGUUCCCCACAUGCUGUAUUGCUGCACUGUAUUAUCAAACUCU